GUUCCGCUGGCCCACCGCAGCCCCGACCGGCACCCCAGCCACGGGCUAGUCGGAGUCCCAUACGCUCCAGGCUCAGGUCUGCGACUCCGCCAGUUGGGACCUAGCUCCAAGCUGGAGACAUGGUCCUGGCAGGGGCACCUCGUCGACGCUGGACUUCUCGGCAGGGCCAAGUUGGACAGCAGGAGAGACCCGAGUGUGUUGGAGUGAGAGCUGUCCCCAGUCAUGGAGGCACCUCUGCAGACAGAGAUGGUAGAGCUGGUGCCCAAUGGCAAACACCUGGAGGGACUACUCCCUGUUGGCACUCCCGAAGUUGACAGCCAGAGGGUGGAGAACCCCAGUCAGAGCUGUGUGGAGAGCAGAGGCUUCCUGCAGAAAAAUCUCAGCAAGGAGCCACACUUCACCGAUUUUGAGGGGAAAACGUCAUUCGGGAUGUCCGUGUUCAACCUCAGCAACGCCAUCAUGGGCAGCGGCAUUCUGGGGCUCGCCUAUGCCAUGGCCAACACAGGCAUCAUCCUUUUCCUAUUCCUGUUGACAGCUGUCGCCCUACUCUCUAGCUACUCCAUCCACUUGCUCCUCAAGUCCUCUGGGAUCGUGGGCAUUCGUGCCUAUGAGCAGCUGGGUUACCGUGCCUUUGGGACCCCUGGAAAGCUGGCGGCAGCCUUGGCCAUCACACUACAGAACAUUGGAGCCAUGUCCAGCUACCUGUACAUCAUCAAGUCCGAGCUGCCUCUUGUCAUACAGACCUUUCUGAACCUGGAGGAUCAGACUUUAGUCUGGUACCUGAAUGGGAACUACCUGGUGAUCCUGGUGUCUGUCACUGUCAUUUUGCCCCUGGCACUGAUGCGGCAGCUUGGCUACCUGGGCUACUCCAGCGGCUUCUCUCUUAGCUGCAUGGUGUUCUUCUUAAUUGCAGUCAUCUACAAAAAGUUUCAAGUGCCCUGCCCGAUGCCCUCCAACUUGGUCAACGUCACAGGCAACUUCAGCCACAUGGAGGUGGCUGAGAAGGCACAGCUGCAGGCCGACCCUGAGGCUGCUGCCCUCUGCACCCCAAGCUACUUCACCCUCAACUCACAGACAGCAUACACCAUCCCCAUCAUGGCCUUCGCCUUCGUCUGCCACCCUGAAGUGCUGCCCAUCUAUACAGAGCUCAAGGACCCCACUAAGAGGAAGAUGCAGCACAUCUCUAAUCUGUCCAUCUCCGUCAUGUAUGUCAUGUACUUCCUGGCUGCCCUCUUCGGCUAUCUCACCUUCUACGACAGGGUGGAGUCAGAGCUACUGCACACCUACAGCCAGGUGGACGAAUUUGAUGUGCUGAUCCUGUGCGUGCGUGUGGCCGUGCUGACAGCAGUUACACUCACAGUGCCGAUUGUUCUCUUCCCGGUGCGCCGUGCCAUCCAGCAGAUGCUAUUUCAGAAUCAGGAGUUCAGUUGGCUGCGGCACAUACUCAUCGCCACUGUCCUGCUUACUUGUAUCAACCUGCUGGUCAUCUUCGCCCCCAACAUCUUGGGCAUUUUUGGGAUCAUUGGUGCCACAUCUGCCCCAUGUCUCAUCUUCAUCUUCCCUGCCAUCUUCUACUUCCGAAUCAUGCCCACCGAAAAGGAGCCUGCAAGAUCCACCCCCAAAAUCCUGGCCCUGUGUUUUGCUGUGCUUGGCCUCUUGCUGAUGACCAUGAGCCUGAGCUUCAUCAUCAUUGACUGGGUCUCAGGGACCAGCCAGCAUGGAGGAAGUCACUAAGAUGCCCCUGUUCUGUUUACUCAUCCUCAUGUCCUACCCAGACUCCCCAGCCCCUCCCCAUCCAGUGGCCAGUCAAGGGGAGAAAGACGGGGAGGACAUCACAUUUUUAAACACUAUGGCAUUUGCCCCAGCCUGUGUCCUCUCCUUGGAAGGUUUUCCUUAAAGCGCCAGGACCAAGCCCUUUGGGCCACCAUCUGGUGGGCUCCAGAGCUGCAGGGGCUCCCUGAACUGGAAACAGGGUAGAGUUAUCAUCUCAGAUCCCACCAAACCCGUCAUGCCCCACAGCUGCAGAUGUGAGGCCCAGUAGUUGCCUCCUACGCAACAUUAGGAGACACAGAACCGGAAACCAGGCCUGCAGCCACCCUGCAGCAAGGCCAGGAUCUGCACCCUGAGACCUCGUCUCCCUCAGCCCACUUGUUUUCCCUCUUUCUAUUCCUUUGGCCCCUUUCAGAUACAGAGGCUCAGACCAAUGGAUAUUCUUGUCCUCUUCUUCCAUCUUCCCCUCAGAGAAGACACCACUCUGCCCCAUGACUGGGCCCAGCCCAGCAGAUUCUGCUGAAGAUGGGGCUGUUGUGGGCAGCAAGGGACCCCUAGCUGUCCCUUCACCAGUCUCGGGGAGGCUGGGCCUCCCCCAUCACAAGCCCAGGCCAUCACUCACAUUCCACUACUGGGAGAAGCUCUGAGCCCAGUGUGCUGCCCUUGGGUGCCAAAGAUCCCAGGGGUCAGCUGCGGUAGGGCUGGGGAGGCUGGCUGCUCUUUUAUAAACCUUAUACUUAA